AUGGCGGCCACGAGCAGCAACUCGAGGCCGCAAGGGGCCGAUGUGUCCAUCACCGACACGCUGAAGGGCUACUGCGCCACACCGCGCCUGCACAGCGGCCGUCGAAUGGGUGUUGUGCUGGUUGCCGGAUCGGAGGCGAUAGAGGUCCGGCACGCCGCAGAGCACCUAGCCUCCUGCGGCUUUUCCGGCAUUGUGCCAGACUUCGCUGGGCAGAUCGAUUCGGGGGCUUCCACCGGCAGCAGCUCCGAAAAGGACUGGCUUCUUGAGGCCCUUCUCCCCGAGGUGGAGGCAUCCGUGGCAUUCUUGCGCCGGCAGGGCUGCAACCGCUUCGGCCUGGUCGGCUUCGGCCCACGAGGGGGUCGGCUGGCCGAAGCUGCGUCGGGCCUGGGUCACUUCGCGGCAUCCGUGUCGGUGCAGGGCACCGGCCAUUCCCGCAGCACGUAUGCAGAGGCCCAAUGCGGCAUGCUGUACAUCGUUUCAGAAGAUGGCUGUUCCACGGAUGCUGCGGUCCUCUCCGAGCUGGCAGCGGCCGGCGCGGCAACGAAGGUCCUCCAGGCCGCUGAAUUCCAAACCCAGCUCCUGGAGCUUCUGGCCGACACCUUCAGCAAGGCUUGCCUGCGAAAAGCCACCUUUGUCAAGGUAGGCACCUUGCAUCCAGAUGCCAAGGGCCUGAACGUGCUGCUGAAGGUGUUAGAAGAGCCCCGCCUGGCCGUGAAAACGGCCUCUGGGAGCAUCUUCGAGGUGAGAUGUGGCGAUGAGACCGCUCAGGUCGUCCUCUCUCUGCAGGAGGAGCAGCUGCAGGGCAUUGAGCCAGACAAGGUCCUGGCGGCUCGAAAUGCCUCCAUCCGCAUGGUGCAGGGCUUCAUGCGCCUGGCGGUGGACAAGUGGGGCAAGCUGGACCUGGAAGUGGCCGGGAAGAUCGACGAGGUUGGGAAGAAGAACCUCUCGGAGAUCCAGUACGAGCUGAUGCGCCCCUGA